AUGAUCUCGACGGUCUUCCAGAUCCACAGCACGCAGGGCAGAGGCGAUAUUCUGGUCUUCCUCACCGGCCAGGAUGAGAUCGACUCGGCCGAGCAGCAGAUCAGCGACAUCGCGAGGAAGCUUGGCAGCCGCAUCAAAGAGCUGAUCAUCUGUCCGAUUUAUGCCAACCUGCCGAGCGAACUUCAGACCAAGAUCUUUGAACCAACUCCCGAGAACGCACGCAAGCUGGUUCUGGCAACGAACAUCGCAGAAACAUCACUGACGAUUGACAAUAUCGUCUAUGUCAUUGACACGGGAUAUGAAAAACAAAACUACUACAACCCGGCGACUCGCAUGUCCUCCCUCAACGUGGUGCCGUGCUCCAGGGCGGCCGCCAACCAGAGGAGCGGUCGUGCUGGACGUGUCGGGCCCGGCAAAUGCUUCCGGCUGUACACCAAGUUCUCAUACAUGAACGAGAUGGACGAGUCACCGACGCCAGAAAUCCAGCGCACGAACCUGAACAGCGUUGUGCUGCAGCUGAAGUCACUCGGUAUCGAGAAGCUACUCGAUUUCGACUUCAUCGACCCACCGCCCACCGAGGCCCUCAUCUCUGCCCUCGACAACCUCUACGCCCUACAGGCCCUCAAUCACAAGGGCGAGCUGACGCGUCUCGGCCGGCAGAUGGCCGAGUUCCCCACCGCGCCCGAGAUUGCAAAAGCAGUCAUCGCAUCCGGCAAAGAAGGUGCCGUGGAAGAGGUCCUCAGCAUCGUAGCUAUGCUGGACGAAGCAGCGGCGCUCUUCUUCCGACCCAAGGACAAGAAGAUCCACGCAGACUCGGCCCGACGCCGCUUCACCGUCAAGGAAGGGGGCGACCACCUCACGCUCCUCAACAUCUGGAACCAGUGGGUGGAGAGCGACUUCUCGCCCAUCUGGUCACGCGAGAACUUCCUGCAGCAGCGGUCGCUCACCAGGGCGCGCGACGUGCGCGAGCAGCUGGCCAAGCUGUGCGACCGCGUGGAGGUGCAGCUGUCGUCGUGCGGCGCCAACAACUUCCGCCCGAUCCAGCGCGCCCUCACCGCCGGCUUCUUCAGCAACGCCACGCGCAUGGACAGGCGGGGUGACGGGUACAGGACGCUCAAGAACAACUCGAGCGUCUGGAUCCACCCGAGCAGCGUCCUCAAGGAGAUCGACCCGCCGCCCAAGACGGUCAUCUACCACGAGCUGGUGCAGACCAGUAAGGAGUACAUGCGGAGCUGCCUGCCCAUCGAGGUCGCCUGGCUGCGGGAGCUGGCGCCGCACUUUUACAAGAAGCAUGAGCUGGACGCUAUGGAGGAGAAGAAGAUGCCUAAACAGAGGAGGUAA